AUGAAGGUUUUUGACGCAAUCUACUUAUUCCUUGCUCUCCCCAUAUCCUUUGUUUCUGGCAAGGAUUGGUCGUCCUUGGCUAUCCAAGUUGAUGGAUCAACGCAGCGGACAUUAACGGACAGUGAGGGCAAUCCUGUCUUCUGGCAAGCGGAUACCGCAUGGGAGAUAUUUCACCGCCUGAAUAUCACAGAAGUUGAGUAUUAUCUGGCUGACCGUGCUGCCAAAGGGUUUAAUGUCAUCUAUGGUGCGAUUCUCGCGGAGGAGGAUGGCCUUACUGUGCCUAACCAGAACGGGGAUCUUCCAUUCAUUGACUAUGACCCCCGAAAGCCGAAUGAGCCGUACUUUCAUUGGGUCGAUACAGUUAUCGACAUGGCUGCAAAAUACAGGAUCACGAUUGCUCUGGUACCCGCAUGGGGAAGAUGGGUCAACGAAGGGUGGCACGGGCCGCCUGUUGUAUUGAAUAUAUCUAACGCUGCCAUAUUCGGGAGUUAUAUUGGGCAGAGAUACGCUGGACUUCCGAAGAUAAUUGGCGGUGAUAGUAACAGAUGGUGGACUCACAUGGACAUGGAUGGCAUGUCCCAGCCUCUAACAAACAGGACACCGGAGAUUAUUGACUCGGGGCCCGUAUUUAAUGAGCUGGCAAAUGCUAUAUACCGUGCCGAGCUACCUAUGCUACAAAGCCGUGGCCUGCGCCCCUUCAUGACAUAUCAUGGAACUAGUGUAUGGUUCUCGGCUUUCCCGGACAGCACAGCCUCUGCUAUGUACGGAAACGAGACAUGGUUAUCAUUGGAUGGUGUGCAGACAGGUCAUAGUGAUAUUAAUAGCUCUCAGUCACAUUCUUUUUAUAAUUUAGACUACAUGUACCAGUGGGUACCUAUAGCGAACCAAAACGCGGUCAAGGAGAUGUAUGACCGAAAGCCAACCCGUCCUGUCAUGGACCUAGAGAAUCAUUACGAGUACUGGAAUUCUUCCAUCAGCCGCAACGAGGAUGGAAGUUAUCGUUGGAACUCGUCGUUUGUCCGCAAUGGAGCAUGGCAUGCUUUCUGCGCCGGUAGUGCCGGCGUCACAUACGGCGAACAGGCUGUCUGGCAAUUUGCCAAUCCUGAACGAUUUAACAGUACCGCGGGUCUCAAUGAGACAUGGUUUGACGGGUUAAAACGGCCCGGAAGUGGACAAUUUAAAUAUUUAAGGUCAUACGUGGAGCGGCACUUAGGCACUCAUCGCAUUCCCGAUAGAAGCCUCCUCACAACGAGUCCAGGGAUGGAGUACGCCGAAAUUAUGGCGAUUCGGGACCGAUGGUGGACUUGGGUGACAGUCUACGUCCCCAUGGGCCAAGCCUUCGGGCUAGAUGCCAGGAAUCUCAGUGGCACCGGUGACCUUCAUGCUUGGUGGUUCGUCCCCAAAAAUGGGUCGUAUCUGUCUAUUGGUCCUGUUCCACGAAGCGCAAAUUUGACUUUUGUACCUCCAACUGGGGGGACAAUCGACGAUGACUGGGCCUUGUUAGUAAAACCGAGCUGUACCUGA